AUGCCACCGAAGAGAUCCAAGCGUGGUGCUCCUUGGGCUGCUAUCAACGCUCGCAAAGCCCAACUCGAAGAGGCCAGGGCCCGAAGGCAAGCUCAGGCACUCGAAGCCGCUGCUGAAUCCGCUCGCGGUGUCCUUCUGCCCACUGAACCAGCCAUGCCGGCCGCUCCCAUCCUUCCUCCCAUGCCCGCCAGGGACUUCAACGCACCCCCUGCCCACGGAACCAGGGCUGCGGCUGCCCGAAAGGCCGUUCACAUCUUCAACACAACCUCCGGACCCCUUUACGGCAUUGGCGAAGAUGAUGAAGAGGCUGAAGCCGACGUGACCCAGACUCAUGAGCGUCUUGAGGCUCAUGCUGCCGCCGAGGCCUUGCAGAAGCUCUCGCAGGACACUUCGUACACGACUCCGCCUCCCGAUAUUGCCGCCGCCAUGGAUCGUCAACGCAAGCGCCAGGGCGGAAUCUUCACUCCCAUUUCCUUCCUCCCGCCUGACUCUGAGGACAAGGAGACAGAACUGGAAUCUGAGAAGGAAGCCGAGAUCGCGACACAGGAGACGACGGAGCCUGAAGACGUUCCUGCCCCUCCCCGCACUCCUUUCGCUAACACUCUUGCUGGCGGACAUCUUCCUCCAGCUUUGGUCGGUCCCAGGGCGCGUGUCGAACUCCCGCGCCCGGAGCUUCCUCGUCCCGGCCCCACAAGGCCCUUCACUGGCUUGGCGCGCCCCAGGGUCGGUCAGCCGAACCUUGCUCCACGUGGUGGUGGCAACAAUGGACGAGGCCCUUCCACCCCGAGGGCGAAGUACUACACGAAUCCCCAUCAUGGCCCAAGCCGAUACGGCGGAUGGUUUGAGCACGUCCGUGGCACUCCCUACGGUAUCUCGGACACUCCCACUCCUCGUCGCGUUCUUCCGCCCCCGAGGGAGUACGUGUGGCCCCAUGAGAAGGGCUUCGGUGUCAUCAAUGAGCCGGUCAUCCCUCCCAAGCCCCAGGAGCCUGGUCCUUCUGAGGAAGACGAUGGCUCUGAAUGGUGUGCGGUCCCCUCCCCCGAGAUGAAUCAAAGAGUUGAGACUGAUGCUGAGAAGCGCGUCGAUCCUGAUGUCCAUAUCCUCCGGCCCCAGCCCCUCGUCGUUCUUCUGAGCGAGCAACCUUCCAUGCCCGCUGCCGGCUCGUCGACCAGGACGAAACGGAUGAUUACGACUUCCACGACCCUACAUCAUGACAACGAUACAUCAGUCAAACAGCAUCGCUCAAGCAUCCCCUCCUACUCGAAUGGCAAUCUCAACAACGACAGCUUCACCAACGACAUACUCUACGCUCGCGAGCUCUUCGGCGGCUCCCUAAUGCACGACUUCAGAUGA